UGUUUGCGUUUUUGUUUUAAACGAAUGGCAAUGGAUUUCAAUCAGAGCGCCUACAACUUAGAGUUCUUUAAUUUCACGCCGGAACAAAUCUCCGCCGAACGUGACUCUCUGGUGCAAACUCUCAUCGGCCGAGCGGUUGAGACAACCAUUCAGAAAAUUAAAACGCCCGCCACAUCCGAGUUGUUGAAUCAGAAAAAGGACGCCGUCAUAAGCCUCAUGUUGGAGGCGUGCCAGGUGAGACUGGAUGGCCUGCGCGAGCUGGACAAAAGAAACUUUGAGGUGCCGCCGCAUGUGCUGCAGAUUAAGGACUUUGAGCUGGAGCAGCAGUUCUCCAGCGAGGAGGAGGAAGCAAAGACAGCCAAAGUGGAAGAGCUGAAGCUGCGCUACCGGCAGAACAUGGCCAUGCUGGCCGAGCUGGAGGCGGAGCAGGAAAAGUACACGGCCAUUGAGCCGCUCGUGCAAAGAGAGCUGGAAAUGCAUCAGCAGGUUUACGCAGCCUGCGCCAACUGUGACAUUAAAAAGAUACACACUCUCGCAACGCUCAUGGCUAAGGAUCAGAAGCUGUUGUAGGUACCUAAAUCUAGUUAUCCUUUAAGUAAUAUCAAAUGUAUUCAACCCAUAAGGCUCUCUUGAGCCAGGCUUUCGUGUAUCAACGUAGUCUUAGAUAUAGCAAAAAAAAAAAGGUCUGUUAAUUAAUAAUUAAGCUUGUUUGUUAACCAACAUUAGGGCUAGAUAUGUGAAGCGAAGGCUCGCGUAGGCAGAGACUUUGUUAAUACAUGUUUUUAAGUAAUAGACAAACUAGUUAAUACAAGAGAUGAUGUAUUCAUUUAGUUUUUCUAAUGCU